AAACUCCAAAUCUAACAGAACUCAUUGUUCUUUUCAUCAAACUUAACACAUUCAUACUCUGGAGCUCCCAACUAGUUCUCCUUGCUGUAUUUGUGUAAAAUGAAUCCAAAUCAUAUCCUGCUCAUCUUCGUAUCGUUCAUUUUCCUUUCGAGUCUGUCAAAGUCUGAGGAAGUUGUGCAAACCGCAUUGCUCAAUUUUUUUGUGAAACUUGGGUCAAGCAAUGAAGUACCAACUUCAGAUUUUUGCAUGUGGGAAGGUGUUAUAUGUGAUGCCAAGACUUCGAAAGUGGAUAGACUGUUGCUUGAUAGCAUGAAUCUUUCUGGAACUUUUGAUCCGAGCAUUAUCUGCAAUGUGCAGUCUCUGGCUGAAUCUCUUACAGUCAUUAGUCUCAGUGACAACCAUCUUGAGGGUGAGAAUCUUGAUCACAUUUCAAAGUGCAAGUUUAUCAAGAAGUUGAGUUUACGCGGGAACAGAUUCUCUGGAAGCCUUCCUGGGUCAUUUUCCAGAUUAAGGCAUCUAAAGGUGUUUGAGAUCUCAGACAAUCUAUUUUAUGGUUCUUUACCAGAUUUGGCUAGGAUCACUGGUUUGGUGGAAUUUCUGGUUCAAGGCAAUCAUCUUUCAGGGCCUUUGCCACCUUUUAAUUUUACCAAAUUGGUGAAAUUUAAUGUAUCCAUGAAUGAUUUCAGUGGACCUAUUCCUGAUGGAGGUUCUCAAUUUCCUGCCACCAGCUACAUAUAUAACUCAAAGUUGUGUGGUAACCCUUUGCCAAAUACAUGCCCAUCAGCACGAGUAGUUUCAAAGUUAGAAGAGCUAGUAUCCGAAGAGCCAAAAGAGAAGAAGAAAUCAAAGAAGGGUCUCUCCACUGAAGAGAUCCUCAUGUUUGUAGGCUAUUUUCUUGUAGGUUUGAUUGUGAUCAUUCUCGUUGUGUACAAGUUCUGCAGAAAAGGAAAGGAAAAAGAAUAUGAUACAAUGAUUGAGUUGGGGCAAAAGAAGGUGGCAGAUAUUGAUGACAGUAACAUCAAACUUAAAAUAGUAUCAGAUGAAUGUGAGAGUGUGUUGAUCAAAUCAAAUAUCUUGGUUGCAUCCGCUGAAAGUGCAGGUAAGGGUUCGCCAGGUGCAGUAGUUUCUACUAGUCCAGACGUAAAUGGGUUAAAAUUUGAGGAAUUGCUGAAGGCACCGGCUGAGCUGCUUGGUAGAGGGAAGCAUGGCAGUGUGUAUAAGGUGAUGUGUGAAUCUCUAGGUAAGCACUUGACUGUUAAAAGGAUAAAGGAUUCAGCAAUGUCAGCAGAUGCAUUCAAGCAGAGAAUGAAGAGACUAGAUCGAAUUAGGCAUCCAAAUGUAUUGUCUCCGGUUGCCUUUUACACAUCCAAAGAAGAAAAACUUGUAGUAUAUGAGUACCAGUCUAAUGGAAGUCUCUUCACGCUCAUUCAUGGGGAUCAAAUGAAGCAAGCAUUUGACUGGAGCAGCAGAAUUGGUGCAGCAGCAAACAUUGCAAAGGCCUUAGCAUUCAUGCAAGAAGAGCUUAAGUAUGAUCCAAUUGGACACGGAAAUCUGAAGUCCUCGAACAUUUUAAUGAAUCAGAGUAUGGAGCCAUGUAUUAUUGAAUAUGGCCUGAUCAACCAAGAACUUGCAAUAAUUCCUAAUGUAAACAAUGUUCUGGCCACACAAGAAAUUGAUGAUCAGGCAGCAUUCAAAUCUGAUAUAUAUGCAUUCGGUGUGAUUCUUCUGGAAAUGUUAACAGGAAAGGAAGCAGUUGUACAAAACAAUGGAAUGAACUUAGCUAAAUGGGUUCUUUCAGUGGUUAGAGAAGAAUGGACAGUGGAAGUAUUUGAUAGAAUCUUGAUUAAAGAAUGCGCAAGUGAAGAGCGGAUGGUGAAUUUGCUGCAAAUUGCUAUAAAAUGUGUUAAUGAUUCACCUAAAUCCAGGCCUAGCAUCCACCAGGUUGCUCUCAUGAUCAAUACUCUUAAAGAGGAGGAUGAGAGAUCCAUGGACAUUUCAGAUUCUUUUAACUUAUGAGUCUUCUGUUUUUUAAGUUUUGUUAAGUAUGCAAUUUGAGGAGCUUGAGGAAUUUGUGCAAUCUGUAUACUUACUUCAGUAUGAAAUAUCCUCGACGAUGAUCUCUGAACAAUCAUCCAUCCGUCUCACAAGAAAUAGUCGGUUAAUUGAUUUGAGAGGAAUACUUAGAGCUCUUCACAUAUUGUGUCCUAGGUUUGGCAAUUCUGAGUUUUAGAUCAUAU